GAAGGCGGAUCUCAUUGCGAGCCCUCCGGCCCUGGCAGACGCCUCUUCCAUCCGCACCGAAGCGCGCUCUCUCCUUCUCCCUCGCCUCCACCCAGGGAGCAGGGAAAACGAUGGUCGACGCGUAAACUGCGCCCCCGCGCUUCCCUGGCUUUCCAGACUCUUCCUGGGGAGUCUGGCAAAAAGUUCUGGCCUCCCGAUCCCUCAGCCCGUGGGUUCCUUCCUCUUCGCUGCUUCUCCUUUGGAGCCGUCUGGGUAGCAGGAGGGAACGGCCUGGCUCUGCGCGACCAUCUGACUUUUUGGGGGGCGCAGUCCUCUGCUCCGAGACCAUGGAGUACACCGCCUCCCCCAAGCCGCAGCUCUCCUCCCGGGCGAACGCCUUCUCCAUCGCCGCGCUCAUGUCCAGCGGGAGCUCCAAGGAAAAAGACAGCGCCGAGAGCACCAUCAAGCCUCUGGAGCAAUUCGUGGAGAAGUCGUCCUGCUCCCAAACGCUCGGCGACUUGCCCGCUUUGGAAACGCCGCCGGGGGAUUUCAGCAGCGCCAGCCCCUCUUCCCUGUGCACCGAGCCCCUCAUUCCCACCACCCCCAUCAUUCCCAGCGAGGAGAUGGCCAAGAUCUCCUGCAGCCUGGAGACCAAGGACCUCUGGGACAAAUUCCACGACCUGGGCACCGAGAUGAUCAUCACCAAAUCGGGAAGAAGAAUGUUUCCGACCAUUAGGGUUUCCUUUUCGGGUGUGGAUCCGGAAGCCAAGUUCAUUGUGCUGAUGGAUAUCGUUCCAGUGGACAAUAAGCGGUACCGAUAUGCCUACCACAGGUCCUCCUGGCUGGUCGCUGGCAAAGCAGAUCCUCCUCUGCCUGCAAGACUGUACGUGCACCCGGAUUCUCCGUUCACGGGGGAACAAUUGCUGAAGCAGAUGGUGUCCUUUGAAAAAGUGAAGCUGACAAACAACGAGCUGGAUCAGCACGGUCACAUAAUCUUAAAUUCAAUGCACAAAUACCAGCCUAGGGUGCACAUCAUCAAGAAGAAGGACCAUACAGCUUCCUUGCUUAACCUGAAGUCUGAAGAAUUCAGGACAUUUAUAUUUCCAGAGACUGUGUUUACUGCCGUCACUGCCUACCAGAACCAAUUGAUAACCAAGCUGAAGAUUGACAGCAACCCUUUUGCUAAAGGAUUCAGGGACUCAUCUAGACUCACUGAUAUUGAGAGAGAAAGCGUAGAGAGCCUUAUUCAAAAGCAUUCCUAUGCACGAUCCCCCAUCAGAACCUAUGGAGCAGAGGAUGAAGUUCUGGGAGACGAAAACCAAGCAGCCCAAAGCAGAGGGUCAGCUUUUACCACUUCUGACAACCUGCCCCUCAGUUCCUGGGUCUCGUCGACAUCAAGUUUCCCGGGAUUCCAACACCCGCAGUCCUUGACCGCUCUUGGUUCCGGCGCUGCGUCCAUAGCCACGCCGAUUCCUCACCCGAUCCAGGGCUCCCUGCCCCCAUACAGCCGCCUGGGAAUGCCUCUAACCCCUUCGGCCAUUGCCAGCUCGAUGCAGGGAAGCGGUCCGACGUUCCCUUCUUUCCACAUGCCCCGGUAUCACCACUACUUUCAGCAGGGUCCUUAUGCAGCGAUCCAGGGACUGCGCCACUCCUCUGCUGUGAUGACACCUUUCGUAUGACUGGCCUAAGGCAAGAGAAGCCAAGACUUCGCAGGCAAACCAGCUUGGGCCUGUUGGGAAGGCCCAGGGCGAAAACGACUAAGAAAACCAGCUUGCGUAAAGGCAUUGUGGAGUUAGAUCCCUCUCCUCUUGAAGGAUCUGUGUUGAAGGGAUGGUUAAGGGAGCUCGAGUGGCUCAGAAAAUGGGCAUGGCCCAAGGGACUCCAAAUGUUCCAAGGUCUCCAAUUAAACGCUGGACGGCCUGAAGGUGCAUCAUAACCACUAGAUGUGAGGCUGCCAUCAUGCAGCAGUGUAUAGUUUGAAUUGUGUAUAGACUUUCCCCUCCUGACAGAGGCCAAAGAGGCAAUACUGUGCUAAUAACUUCAUUGCUUUUUAUGAAUUGGGGGGGGGGGGUAUUUGUUGUUUUGAGCAUGUUUAGGCUACUUCAGCAUUAAGCUCGCUAUGAAAGAAACCGAAGGAAAAGACUGCACCAUUCUCUUCCCCGUUCCAUCCUUUAAACUCCUUUAUUUUAAAUGUGGAAUCCAGUUAAUUGAGAGCACUGGGCAUAACCCGCUGGAAUUCCUCCUGCAUGAGCCCUGUUUGAAAUGAAUGGAAGCUGUUUCACCAAACCACAGAUAAGGUUUGCCGAGUUCAGACGACGGAACACGCCAAUGGUUCAUAUAGCUCAGGUUGUUUUCUCUUGGAUAUUGACAGCAACAGGGAGGACUGAUGGUAAAACAGGGUGACUGAAUAUUGCUCUGCGUUCUGUUAUUUUAUUCACAGCUCAUUGCAAAUGUUGGGGCAAUUUGUGGGGUACUA